CGUGCGUGUGAGGGCGCGCACACGCACAGGGAGGAGGACUCUGCGUGCACAACAAGGAUCCGUACCGCCUGAACUAAAAAACCGCACCUCAAAAACAACCAAGAUGCUUUCACUCCACAGACCACACAAAAGAGUCGGAUGGGCCACAGAAAUGUUUUGCUUUUGAAAGCUUUAAAAAGCGAAAAAAAAAAGGAGCGCAUGCUGCUCGGCCGAGCGCAACCCACAGCAGCCCGGCUCCAUCCGGACAUCCUCGCCCGCGUCCCCGCGUGGGAAAGUCUGCAACAUGCCUCCACAGCACGCAUGUCACGCACACAAGAAAGAUCUCUGAACGGUGGAGUGUCUUUACAGUCCUCCGUGCGCAAUAAGGAAUCCCACACCACCAUUCCUACUCCUCGUUAGAGUUAAUAAAAAGAGCAAGUGUUGCUAUGGAGAAUCUCAGUGAGCUCCAGAACCCUUUGUUGGACAAAAACAGCAAGCAGAUGGUCAACGGUUACGGAGGAGACUUCCCUAACAACCACUACCAGGAAAACAUUAUCAAUUACUUUUCUGGAGGUGGUGGUGAGAGCGGCGGUGGCGGCGGCGGUGGCGGCGGCGGCGGCGGCAAGGUGAACAACGUGGUGAGCGCAGGCGGUUACAGUAGCAACGCCAAGAUCAAGUCGCAGCAGCUCUUGGACGCCACGUCGCUGCAUUUGGCCGUGGAGGCCUUCUACAGGCCCAACUUCAUCCUGUAUAAGGAGGACAAUGGCAGCAUCAAAGCAAAGGAAUACAAAAGUGAGUGCUGUGAGACCACUUUCACGGAGAAGAAGGCCAAGGAGACGUCAAACGUGGUCGGAGGGGACGCCUCCGCCCCGGAGGAACCGCAGACCAAGAUGAUGGAGGAUGGAGAGCACGUGAAGAUCCAAACUGUUUCAUACGAGGUGGAGGAGGAUGAGUAUGUGGAGUAUGAGACGGACUGUUCCAGUGACAGCGAGAGUGAGGACAACUUUAUUGUGGUGCCUCCAAGGGACCACCUGGGCUUGGCCAUCUUCUCCAUGCUUUGCUGCUUCUGGCCUCUGGGAAUUGCAGCGUUUUACUUCUCGCAAGGGACCACCAAGGCGGUGCACAAAGGGGACUUCCCGUUGGCCAACAUUGCAUCACGGCGCGCUCUCUUCCUGGCUGCCCUCUCCAUCACUAUUGGCACCGGCGUGUACGUGGGCGUGGUGGUGGCACUUAUCGCCUACCUUUCGAAACCGGGACACAUAUAGUGGCUGCUCGCUUCCACCCUGGGGAGAGCCCGAGAAAAGAAGAAGAAGAAGAAGCAGCAGUGUUGGUGCUGCACGUUUGGAGGAAAGUAUUUUGGGGGGGUUAGCUGUACAGUUUUCCCUUCCUCCUUCCUGUCUUUUCCCUGCAGACUUCCUUUCAGACACAAUUGGGGAAAAGGGUCAAACUGGAAGGUUUUCAUCUCAUUGAGACUUGGAAAAGUUUUGAGGAAUUACUGUUUCCCAAGUAGGAGCUCAACUUGCAUCCAAUUGACUUCAUCCCUUGUUGGACUUUCCUCCUGUUGGCUGUUUUUGUCAACUUCUAAGAAAGGAAACAAGCUUGAAGUGAGCGCUAUCGGAGGUUAAGAUCACAAAAAAUCGAAACGCAUCUUUGUUGUCUUUUGUGUCUGCCGUCAUCAAUUGCCACCUGGGAUUCUAAUGUUAAUAAAAAGAAGCAAAAGAAACACCAGGUUUCCGGGGAACUAACAAAAAUGUUUCACUUUAUCUUAGGGAAUGCCUCACUACCCAUCUGUCAAAGUCUUUCUGUAAAAUCUGACACUGUCCUCUCAUACCAGAUGUUGUUUGCUUUGUUUUUGUGUGUCUAAUAACACUUUUAUACCUGUACCUCAGACAAGUGUGAGGUACAAGUGUUCCCAGCACCCGAAGGUGUCAAAAUGUUGCCCUCUUGAUUGCCCGCCCGCACCCCUACUUGCUGCCACCCUACCACCCUAUACCACCAAAUGUGUGCAAAAUUAAUUAUUUAUGAAUUUGAUUGAUUUUAAAAUGAGGAUCCAAACUAGAAAUCCAUCCAUCCAUCAUCUUCCGCUUAUCCGAGGUCGGGUCGCGGGGGCAACAGCCUAAGCAGGGAAACCCAGACUUCCCUCUCCCCAGCCACUUCGUCUAGCUCUUCCCGGGGGAUCCCGAGGCGUUCCCAGGCCAGCCGGGAGACAUAGUCUUCCCAACGUGUCCUGGGUCUUCCCCGUGGCCUCCUACCGGUUGGACGUGCCCUAAACACCUCCCUAGGGAGGCGUUCGGGUGGCAUCCUGACCAGAUGCCCGAACCACCUCAUCUGGCUCCUCUCGAUGUGAAGGAGCAGCGGCUUUACUUUGAGCUCCUCCCGGAUGGCAGAGCUUCUCACCCUAUCUCUAAGGGAGAGCCCCGCCACACGGCGGAGGAAACUAGAAAUAGAACUGCAUAUUUACAUGUUUUAACUUUCAAAUCAAAUGGUAAAUGGUAAAUAAAAAUGUUCAUGUCCCAGAAUGCAUUACUGGAUCAUCCAUCCAUCCAUUUCCUACCACUUAUUCCAUUUGGGGUAGAUCAACGCAUUCAAAAUAGAAACAAUUUGUGUUUGAUUUGAGUGUUUGUAAUGUAGGAUUUGGUAUUUGAAUCAAAACCUUUGUUAAACGCAGGCAUGUGAUUUAUCCAUCUAUAGUCAGAAAUCCGUCUUUUUUAUCUCUGUGAAAAUAUAAAAUAAUAUUUUUAGCGUUUGUUUGUUUUUUCCGACCUACAAUGUGUGUUCAAAUCUUGAGCCGUCUCUUUGCCAUACCUGCCCACAACCACAGUUGUCCUGUAAUGUAAUGAUAAUCCAGUGGUAAAUACUAUGGGUUUCAAUUAAAAAUGAUUAACUUAAAAAUGGAAGCUAUGUAGGGAAGCAACUACACAGGCAGGGGACAAAAUAUAUGGGAAACAUCAAUGAUGAUUGGUUGGUUUACGUAUAAGAAAAUCAGUGAUUGGUUGGUUGGUUUACCACGAUGAGUCAUGGGCAAAACAUUAAGCACAGGCCAAUCAGAGGCAAGUUAGAGCGGGUCAUCAAACCAGGAAAGGAAAUCACAACAGACAGGCACAUCCCAAAUGACGAGAGAGUCGAAGAAGAGAAGAAGGAAUAUUCAAGCGGGUGAUUUAUAUAUUAAAAAAACUAGUGGAAGAUGGCAGAGGGAUUUUCUUCCUUAGAUUUUUCUUAUAGCGAUGUAGAUGAGGUCUAGGAAACCCACAAUGCGCCUACUUGGCCACAUUUGGACAAUUUUAUGCAUCUGGAUAAAUCAAUGCCCUCAACAUUCAUUUGAGUUGUUUACCUUGUAAGCCCAAAUCAAAACUGCUCUCGACAUGGAGUACGUGGAAUUCACAUUUCAGAACACACAUGAUUGUGGCAGACUUGUGAUGACUUUUGCUCCAGUAUAUCCUGUCUAAAUGCUAAAUUUCAUUUUCAUUGGUGUUUUACAACAAAAUAGUAGCUGACAUGUUGUUCAUUAUUUCUACUGUUUAUAUUUUGACAUUGAAUAGUUGAAUAAUUUUGAAACAUAAAAAUUACUGCAAUAUAUUUUUUAUUUCAUGCUAUAAAUCACAAAUGGCUAUUCAGAUAAAGGAAGUUGGCGAAUAGAAUAAAAAGUGUUUGUACUCGUUAUGAGUUUUGUAUUUGGAUCAGUUAGAAGUGGAGAGGGAGUCAAAGAGACUGAAAUUGGCUAUAAAGUCCAAGGCAUAAUCCACUAAAGCAAAAACAAAAAGGAAAAUGCAAGCUGCUCAGAAAUUUAACAGGAAGGCUCAUGUCAGAGCAUCAUUGUAAAAAUGCCAAAGUAAUGUGGGAAUGAACCAAAUUAAUGUGUAAAUAAUGUAAAUUGCAGGAUGAACCAUCUGUGGCUGUGAAGUGAAAACUAGUAAGGUUGUAAAUAGAGUAGGCUAACCCAUGUGGUUCCUGUGGUUAUGAACACAAGUUAUAAUUACUGUAGUGACUAAAUAACACAGUGACUGAAACAGACAUAAUGAUUCAUUUGGAUGAAUUGGGUAUGUAUUUAUGUAAAGUCUGUUGAUAACUUUUCAUUUAUUUAAAAACUAAUAGUCUUUAAAUGGUGCUCUUUUUUUUUUUUUCCAAAUGUUUGCAUGUUCAAUUGCUGGAAAACCAGACCCCCAGCUUAUUUUCGGUCUUUUUCAUUGAGUUCAAAUCACAUGCCUGUAAACGUGACCAAAUCUUCCUGUUACUGUGUUAUGAGGAUCUAUUUAGUUCCAAUUCUAUUUUUCUAAUUCAGAAUUGUUUGAUGAGAAGCCAAAUCAGUAGAAUUUUUUAAAAAUAAAUUUAAUUGAAAUUCCAAAUUUUGCACAAGCCUGCCUAUCCCCCUGGCAAGUUCAACAUAAAACAGUUCAAUUUAAUGCUUAAUAUGUGUCAGCCCUGAGAUGUUUUGUUUGGGGCUGAUGAAAGACACAAGUUGACGGUAAUGAGGUGUACACCCCAGUGUAGGGCUUUUGUGGCAACGCUAACUAGUUUUUAAAUCAUGACCACACAUAUCGAAAGUUUUUCCAUCUUUUAUACUUGUGUGCCCCAAAAUUUGGCCAACCACUCAUUCCCACCUCAUGGUACGCCACCCUAAACUUAUACUACUCCCAUGACAAGUCCAACAUAAAUCUAUUCAUCAUAACAUACAAUUUGUGGGAAUGCAAACAUUAUUUUGGAUCCUGAUCACAAACAUUAUUUGUUUCUAUCUUUUGUGUACUUGUAUAUGUGUACCCCUCCAAAAUGUGUCCACUCCUUCGUACCCCACCCUUAAGUCCAACUCCCGGUACAAGUUCAACAUAACACAUUUCCUACACAGAAUAUGUAGGAGCCCUCAGUUGUUUUUCAUGCACGAUGUUCCCUUUUUGGGGUGAUGAAAGACAAAUGUGUCCUGCAGUGUGCUGCCGCCCAUUGACUGGGGGCCCACAAAUAUUGAGUUUUUCCAUCUUUAGGCCUGUUGGUUUUGUUGUGUCCCCACCUCAUGCUGCGUCAGAGCCCUGUACAAAACAUUCUAAAGUAGCCUUCAGUGGUCAGAUUGUCUACAAGAAAUUAAAAUUCGGAAAGUUUGGAAACCAUCCAUCCAUUUUUUACCGCUUGUCCUUUUUGGGGUCACGGAGGGUCGUUGGCGCCUAUCUCGGCUACAAUCGGGCGGAAAGGGGGGUACACCCUGGACAUGGCCACCUCAUCACAGGGCCAACACAGAUACACAGACAACAUUCACACUAGGGCCAACCACAAGUCCUAAAUCAGGUCAAUGUUGACAUUCGGAGGCAUGUCUAUGUCCGCUCUGACACAUCAUCAGAUUUAACGGCAAAUAAUUCAGUUUCACGUCAGGUGUGUUUAGACAACAGCACCAAAAUGCAUGAUUGAUACUAAGUUAGGUAAAAAAAUAAAAUAAAAAACAGGUAAAUUAUAAUAAUCCUUACUGCAGGAGAGAAUCAAUGAUUUAAGACAGUGGUUCUCAACCUUUAUUCAGUGAUGUAUGUCCUGUGAACAUUUUUUUUAUUAAUUCAAGUACCCCCUAAUCAGAGAAAAGCAUUUUUGGUUGAAAAAAAAGAGAUAAAGAAACAAAAUACAGCACUGUGUGAUCAGUUUCUAAUUUAUUAAAUUGUGUAACAGUGCAAAAUAUUGCUCAUUUGUAGUGGUCUUUCUUGACCUAUUUGGGAAAAAAAAGAUUUAAAGAUAACUAAAAACUUGUUGAAAAACAAACAAGUGAUUCAUUUAUAAAUAAAGAUGUCUACACAUAGAAGUAAUCAUCAACUUAAAGUGCCCUCUUUAGGGAUUGUAAUAGAGAUCCAUCUGGAUUCAUGAAGUUAAUUCUAAACAUUUCUUCACAAAAAAAAUAAAUCUUUAACAUCAAUAUUCAUGGAACAUGUCCACAAAAAAUCUAGCUGUCAACACUGAAUAUUGCAUUGUUGCAUUUCUUUUCACAGUUCAUGAACUUACAUUCAUAUUUUGUUAAAGUAUUAUUCAAUAAAUAUACUUAUAAAGGAUUUUUGAAUUGUUGCUAUUUUUAGAAUAUUUUUUUUAAAUCUCACGUACCCCUUGGCAUACCUUCAAGUACCCCCAGGGGUACGCGUACCCCCAUUUGAGAACCACUGCUUUAAGAAACAAGCAAUAAUCAGUGACAAAUAAAUAUAUCAAAAAGUCCAUGUGAAAAGGCUUAAUCAUUACUGAGGUUACUUUAUUUGUGAUUAUAAGCAGGUGGGUGAGAGUUCACGCCGAGAUAUCCCUAGAGGCAACAUCGUACUUAGCUCGCCAACAUCCGUCAUACCCGACGUUUAUGGAGCACAAUUAGCUCCGUGUAAUGGCCUCUUUUUUGUUUCGAGGGAACGUGGAGUCUCUGGAGCAUGGCCCUAAAAUAGCACAAGCACAUUCUUUUCAAUAAUAGGCGCGGCGUUGGUGGCGCUGAGUAAACGAUCCACUAUAGAAGUCUUCACGAGGGAACGCUCCAAUGCAACACACUCACUCCUAAGCAGCCAUUUUUUUCCCCCUAAUGCAAACAUGUGGUCUUCUUUGGGAAUUCAAAAUGUCGAUGUAUGGAUUUGAGACUGUGAUAUUUCUCAACAUUUCACCUCAUUUGUGUGGUAUUUUGUUAUAUUUUUCAUGCUAGGUCAGAAUGUGAGUUUGUUUUCAUUCUCCUCUGUUAUCCCAAUGAGCACAUAAAUGACAGAUUUUUUAUUUAUUCAUGCUCUACGAUUCCUGUGUGGCGGCAGUGUGUACAUAUUUCAAAUUUAAAGACAAAUAAAUCCCAAAACAAGGGUCUUUCUUUCUUGAAAGCUUGCAUUUGUUUUUCUUUGGGGGAUCGCAUUCAAACGAGGCAAAGUGAGAAGUAGCUCAGUCAGUCAUUGAGAUGCAUGUGUUGUCCUUACAUCAACAUUGCACUAGCUCAGUGUGGGGGUGGGUUUGCUGCACACACGCACACACGCACACACACACACACACACACACGAGCACGUGCUCAUGUCGCUACUACAUCAGGGAUGCCCACAUGAAGCUAACAAGCAAACAACAACAAUCCCCUCAGGAUGCUGGCAUGAUGGAGACGGGUGUC